GGGAGCCGCGAAGUCCCGUCGCAGCGUGCGGGAGCAGGUGGGGGUGCGGCGCGGUGGCGCGCGGGAGCCCCGAGGGGCGGAGGCGGCCGCUACACCUAGGGCGUCGCGGAGCGCCCCGAGCUUGGCGCGGGCGGAGCCGCCCUAAGGGCCGCGCGUGUCCCGGGCCUCGGCCCCGCCCCGUCCCGUCCAAUGAGAGCCCGCGGCCGAAGGGGCUGUCCGCACACUAGGCCCGCAGCUCCCUUCAGCGCCGCAGACCCUCUGACACCGCACCCGGUGCUCAAGCAGCGCGCCCCAGACCCCGGGUUCGGCGCGCCGUCGUCGGCUUCCGGACAUCGCAACUUGCGCCCCUCUCCGGGAUCCUGCUCCCGGGCUCUGGACCCCAGGUGACCCUAGGUCCCCAGCCGCCGGCGAACACUAUGGCCCCCCAGGGGGGUGAGGUAGGAGCAGCCUGAGAACCCCCAGAAGGUGCCCCGUCCACGCCCCUCCGGGCUGCGCGGCGGGAGUCUUCGGGGAGCUAUGCUGAGACCGGGUGGUGCGGAGGAAGCUGCGCAGCUCCCGCUUCGGCGCGCCAGCGCCCCGGUCCCUGUGCCGUCGCCCGCGGCCCCCGACGGCUCCCGGGCUUCGGCCCGCCUAGGACUUGCCUGCCUUCUGCUCCUGCUGCUGCUGACGCUGCCGGCCCGCGUAGACACGUCCUGGUGGUACAUUGGGGCACUGGGGGCACGAGUGAUCUGUGACAAUAUCCCUGGUUUGGUGAGCCGGCAGCGGCAGCUGUGCCAGCGUUAUCCAGACAUCAUGCGUUCAGUGGGCGAGGGUGCCCGAGAAUGGAUCCGAGAGUGUCAGCACCAAUUCCGCCACCACCGCUGGAACUGUACCACCCUGGACCGGGACCACACCGUCUUUGGCCGUGUCAUGCUCCGAAGUAGCCGAGAGGCAGCUUUUGUAUAUGCCAUCUCAUCAGCAGGGGUAGUCCACGCUAUUACUCGUGCCUGUAGCCAAGGUGAACUGAGUGUGUGCAGCUGUGACCCCUACACCCGUGGCCGACACCAUGACCAGCGUGGGGACUUUGACUGGGGUGGCUGCAGUGACAACAUCCACUAUGGUGUCCGUUUUGCCAAGGCCUUCGUGGAUGCCAAGGAGAAGAGGCUUAAGGAUGCCAGGGCCCUCAUGAACUUGCAUAAUAACCGCUGUGGUCGCACGGCUGUGCGGCGGUUUCUGAAGCUGGAGUGUAAGUGCCAUGGCGUGAGUGGUUCCUGUACUCUGCGCACCUGCUGGCGUGCACUCUCAGAUUUCCGCCGCACAGGUGAUUACCUGCGGCGGCGCUAUGAUGGGGCUGUGCAGGUGAUGGCCACCCAGGAUGGUGCCAACUUCACCGCAGCCCGCCAAGGCUAUCGCCGUGCCACCCGGACUGAUCUUGUCUACUUUGACAACUCUCCAGAUUACUGUGUCUUGGACAAGGCUGCAGGUUCCCUAGGCACUGCAGGCCGUGUCUGCAGCAAGACUUCAAAAGGAACAGACGGUUGUGAAAUCAUGUGCUGUGGCCGAGGGUACGACACAACUCGAGUCACCCGUGUUACCCAGUGUGAGUGCAAAUUCCACUGGUGCUGUGCUGUACGGUGCAAGGAAUGCAGAAAUACUGUGGACGUCCAUACUUGCAAGGCCCCCAAGAAGGCAGAGUGGCUGGACCAGACCUGAACACACAGAUACCUCACUCAUCCCUCCAAUUCAAGCCUCUCAACUCAAAAGCACAAGAUCCUUGCAUGCACACCUUCCUCCACCCUCCACCCUGGGCUGCUACAGCUUCUAUUUAAGGAUGUAGAGAGUAAUCCAUAGGGACCAUGGUGUCCUGGCUGGUUCCUUAGCCCUGGGAAGGAGUUGUCAGGGGAUAUAAGAAACUGAGCAAGCUCCCUGAUUUCCCGCUCUGGAGAUUUGAAGGGAGAGUAGAAGAGAUAGGGGAUCUUUAGAGUGAAAUGAGUUGCACUAAAAUACGUAGUGGAGGCUCCUUUUUUCUUUCCUUUGCACCAGCUUCCUGAUACUUCCUUGGUGUGCAAGAGGAAGGGUACCUGUAGAGAGCUUCUUUUUGUUUCUACCUGGCCAAAGUUAGAUGGGACAAAGAUGAAUGGCAUGUCCCUUCUCUGAAGUCAGUUUGAGCAGAACUACCUGGUACCCCAAAAGAAAAUCUUAGGCUACCACAUUCUAUUAUUGAGAGCCUGAGAUGUUAGCCAUAGUGGACAAGGUUCCAUUCACAUGCUCAUAUGUUUAUAAACUGCUGUGUUUUGUAGAAGAAAAAGAAUCAUAACUAUACAAACACACAUCCAUUCUCUCUUUUUCUCUCUACCAUUCUCAACCUGUAUUGGACAGCACUGCCUCUUUUGCUUACUUGCUGCCUGUUCAAACUGAGGUGGAAUGCAGUGGUUCCCAUGCUUAACAGAUCAUUAGAACACCCUGGAACACUCCUAGGAUAGAGUAAUGUAGUAA